AUGCCGCCCCGGGAGGCGUCACGCUGGGCUGCGACUGCAGGCCGCGCCGACGGCACGGCAGCCGUGGCAGCCCCACCUGCGGAGAGGACCUUGCUGGCAGGUCACCUGAGGCGCAGGAGGGCCACCCGCUCCCACGACGUGACGUUCGAGGAGACGGAGGACGAGGCAGGCGGGUCCGCGUCCGAGGCCGAAGGUGGGGCUCUAGAGGCGCUCGGCGUGCUGCACGCCCCUCUCGCGGACGCCCAGCAGCACAGCACCUGGAUGGAGCCCCCAGCCUCGCCUGAGGCCAUGUUGGAGCACCGCCGCAACCUGCGCCGCACGGCGAUCGCGGCGGCCGGCAUAAGCUUGCAGGACACGCUUCGGACAUACUUGUACCUCCAGCAGGCUGCCGAGCAGAUGAAAAACGGCGACUGGGCCGCCGCGCAGAAGGCCAAGCAGGCGCGCGCUCGGCUUGCCGCCGAGGCCCGAGCGAGUCGAGCCGAGGCGAAGCGAGCGCUGUUGCGCGCCAGGGGCCUGGCCAGUCUGGACAAGACCUGCAUCGAGGCAGUGCUGGCAGGUGGUUCCGACAGCGCAACGACUGGCGGGCCACCUGCCUGGGCUUCUGCGUACGCAGUGACCGAGGACGACCGCUAUCGUUUCGAUGCCUAUCUGACAGGCCAGGGGCCCAGGAUUAAUAAUGAUUCCCGCGAGCUGCCGAACGCAAUGCCUGCCCCGUUGCCCAUGCUGCUCCCGCCAGCGGCCCCGGCAAUCUUGCAGGCAGGCUACGACGGCGGCGGCAGGAGGCAUGAGGAUCUGCAGAGCCACGUAGCACGUGCAUUCAAGGAGAUGGGCACGAAGGUGUCCCGGCAGCACUCAGGAAAGACAUGCGACUUCACCGCCCUGGUGGAGAUGGGCAGCGUGCACAUUGUCUGGUGCUCGGCGCUUCCAACUUUGUUAUCGAAGACGAAGGGCGUCUUUGCGGCGCGGGGGCCCUGCUCGCUCGAGGCUUUUCGGCUUGCGUUGGCGGAGCUUUGCCGGGAUCAGAUCCCUGUGGCCUGGGACCCUCGGCGCGAGCUCGAGUCUGUCAAAUAUUGUUUCUACGAGGCGUCCACUGCCGCGCGCCAUGCCAUUCGCUCUCGCAAGGCCAGUACUCUGCAGGGGCGUCGUUUUCACGCCCUCGUUGCCCUGCGCGCUGUUCGCCUCGGUCAGCCCCGCCGCCUGCAGCAGACAGUGGGCUGCCACCCGCGCCUGAGGGCGCAUUUCAGCCAGGGCCUUGAGCAGCGCCGCAACAUUGACGGCCUCUGCCAGCACGUGCGAGCUCUACAUAUCAAGAUACUGGUGCGGUCCGACCUGUGGACCCACAUAGAACCCCACAUCCAACGUUUUGAGGGCCCUCUGGAGAUUGAUUGGCAGAUCCCAUCCAUUCUAUGGUAUGACACCAUUUUGCAUAGACCCAACCGCAUUCCAGGGCCCGACGGGAUCCCAUACUCGACUUGGCGCAACGGGCCGGCCGCACGUGUUCUAUAUGACGUGUACAGCCUGCUCUUCACUUCAGACAUAGACUCGCUCCCUCGUUCCAUGCUGGGGAGGCUGGUGGUGUUCCUACCCGAGGGCACGGACCCGCAGGAUCCUGGGGACGGCACGGCACUCGUUCGGCACCCAUCCUGCACGCGCCCUCUCAGCAUGAGCAACACUGAUAUUAAGCCGUUAGCGAACGCGAUGACGAUUGCUUUAACCUCGAACCUCAGUCACCUAGUUGAUCAGGUGCCCACCUGCAGCCUGGAGCCAAACCACGCGCCACCAGGGGCAGCCUUCUUUUGCCCACCAAGCGCACCAACCCAGCCCCCCGACAGUAACACCCGCGCAAUGGAUGGGCAGCUGGUAGAUCCAGAUAGAGCAUUCAUCAGCCGUCCCUGGGGCAGCAGCGCAGUCGUCCUGAUGCUCUUGCUCAGCCGGGAGCCCAGACCCACAGUGGCACCCUGCGGCAACCCAGGGCACAUCGGGGACAUCCUGGAGGCUGUCCUCGGCCUGUGCGUGCCCUUCAACAAGGCCCGGCUGCCUAUCAGGGACAGGUUCGGGCAGGCGCGCCACCUCGCCGAGCUGGACUUCCGCCGGCUCCGCGGCCACAUCAUUCCGUCAGAGGUUCCCGUCAAGUCCGGAGUCCGUCGGAUCCUGUCAACCAGCCGCUUGGAAUUUUACAAGCAAGGUGGUGGCGCCUCGCUGCGCCCGUCGGCCUGCGUCGUCCCGCCCCGCGUGACCAGCCUCUCUCGGCGUGCCGUGGCGUCCUGCGCAGGCUCGGGCACGCUCGGCACGGACCACGCCCAGGCCUGGAUCUCUGGGGCGGCGACCUUGGGCUGCCGCAGGCCGCCCACGGCAGCGCCGCAGAACCGGAGGGUCGCGGCCUCGUUUUGCGCCGCUGCGCCUUCGAUGUCGAGCGGAGGACAGCGCGCGCCCCUCCACCCCCCCCCGCCCCCGCGGCGUUGCGCCCUCGGGGGGGGGGGCUGCGGGAAGGGCCACUUCGAGGCCUCCCAGAUGGGGGUGAAACAGAUGCUGUUCAGACCUUCGGAGGUCGAUGCAUCGCAAGACUUGGAGCGCCAGGUGUCUGGGGCCACUGGACGACGCCAGCCGCGGACCAGGCCACCUUGACCCAGCGCCGAUCC